AUGGGUUUCCUAUCAAAGUUCAAUAUGGGCUGUGUUUUCUUGUUCCUUUCUUUUGUUGCUAUUUUAUCCGAUGCCAACACUGUUGAAGCAAGGAGGGAUGCAAAUGGAGAUGUGCUCGCUUUGGAUCUCAAGAGACGCGUUCCAAUGGGUCCAAAUCCAGCAACAUCUCCUGAACGACCUCCAUUUACUUUAGGCCUUAAGAGGCAUGUGCCGACCGACCCAAAUCCAACAACAUCUCCUGAUAGACCUCCAUUAACUUUAGGCCUCAAGAGGCGUGUGCCAACAGGCCCAAAUCCAGCAACAUCUCCAGAAAGUCCUCCAUUUAUUUUCGGCCUCAAGAGACGUGUGCCGACGGGACCAAAUCCAGCAACAUCUCCUGAAAGACCUCCAUUUACUUUCAGCCUCAAAAGGCGUGUGCCAACGGGCCCAAACCCAGCAACAUCUCCUGAAAGACUUCCAUUUACUUUCAGCCUCAAAAGGCGUGUGCCAACGGGCCCAAACCCAGCAACAUCUCCUGAAAGACCUCCAUUUACUCUCGGCCUCAAAAGACGUGUGCCGACAGGCCCAAAUCCAGCAACAUCUCCUGAAAGACCUCCAAUUACUUUGGGCCUUAAAAGGCGUGUGCCGACGGGUCCAAACCCAGCAACAUCUCCUGAAAGGCCCCCGUUUACUUUGGGACUCAAGAGGCGUGUGCCGACGGGCCCAAACCCAGCAACAUCUCCUGAAAGACCUCCAGUUACUUUGGGUCUGAAAAGGCAAGUACCGACGGGCCCAAAUCCAGCAACAUCUCUUGAAAGGCCUCCGUUCACAUUUGGCCUCAAGAGGCGUGUGCCGACGGGCCCAAAUCUAGCAACAUCUCCUGAGAGGCCUCCAUUUGCAUCGGGCCUCAAUUGA